AUGACAGGUUCCAGUGUUGACCGCCAAGAGAUCGACCGGAUCUUACGAGCUAAGCGGCAGCAGCGCGAGACAAAAGCGUGCUAUCCCUGUCGCUCGCGCAAAGUCAAGUGCGACAACGGCCAUCCAUGCAGAACCUGCCAGAAACGUGGUCAUCCCCAGAUCUGUGUAUAUGAUUAUGAGGAAUCUUCUCCGCGGAAGCGAGCCAGGUUAAGUCCUCAGAAUUCCAUCUCUGAUGCCUCUUACGCUGCAUUCCCGUCUGACUUGAGGGGUGCCAAUUAUCGGCCUCACCUCGGAGAUUCGGCGACUCCUCUGCAUACUAGACCCGAGUCGGAACCGGUCAAUCAAGAGAACCCUGCAAAUUACGUCUUUUCUGGAGACAACACAGUCAUUUCCAUACUGGGUUCACACGAUGCUGAUGGAUCAAUUGCCCACAAGGCGAGCUCUGUGUUGGGCCUCCAAAACAGUUUCAGCAAUUACCCGUUCCUUGAUCUCAAAACUCCCAUAGAUCGCUGGAAGGCUCUCGUGGAGAUUCUUCCUCAAAGGGAGGAGGUUUUGAAGUUUUUUCACUUCUAUCGCGUCUCCGCCCAUCCAUUCAACCCAAUACUUGUCGAUAUCGACGGCUUCGAAUUGAUCAUAUGCCAAUUCCUUACAUCAUACGCGUCCGGGGAACUGCGCGACCACGACAAGAUCUCAGAAAGAUGGUCGUCGGACCGAUCUGUCGGCCAGAUCAGUCUCCUCCUGGCUGCGUUGGCUUCGGGAGCGCACUACUCAGACCUUGAGAACCCCGAGAGAUCCGAAAAAUAUCAAAGCUUUGCCCGCCGAUCUUUCCAAGCAUUAAGGCUGGCAAAUUUCCUCUUGAGGCCAUCUCUGGAAGUUGUUCAGUCUCUACUCCUUCUGGGAAAUACGCUACAGAACAACGGCCAAUCUGAUGCCGCGUGGGCUCUGCUUGGCACUACUGUCAGAUUGGCCCAGACCUUGGGACUACAUACCGAGAAGAGCAUUUCUCACUGGCCAGAACCAAUGAGACCAAAGGCUAGAGCAUUGUGGUCUAUGACGGUUUGGCAAGACAGCCUGUUGAGCCUGUGCUAUGACCGCCCCUCUAUGGUGUCCACGACAGGCUGGCAGCUGGACUUGACUACUCUGAAGUCGAACGUAUCAUACACGGACAUGAUGCACUACCUAUGCCGGCUAGGUCUGCAAAUCAACAAUUCAGAAGAGAGAGAACGCAACAACCUGAUUUAUUGCCACAAGGCAUUAGCUGGAUUGGACGGCGUUUUCAAGCGUGUACAACCCCACCUCCUUUCCCGAGAACACUGUACGAGCCUGCACCAGCACCAGGAGCAUUUGGCCCUCCGCAUCCAUGUUUCGUUCUGCGUGUCGGUCAUAUGUCGGCCAGCCAUCCAAAGGCUACCCGGAACCUCUCUCUACCCGCGCCUUCGAAUUCUGCGCGAUAGGGCCAAAGACAGUCUGGUCGAGGCUGCAAAGGCCUUCCUCGACUUUGAAACUCUAAGCAUCGUCCCAUUACGCACCUGGUCUAUGGUACACACGGUACUCAGUUCUACAUUGCUCCUUUGCCUUUGGGAGGUGACUCGCCAUGACCCGGCAUGUCGCGACUUGCAGCAACGUGUCAUCGAGGUAUUUUCUAGAGUUGGCACUGAUGGACAGGACGGUAAUGGCCAACAUGGUAAUGGUCAAUGGUUGUCAAGGAGGCAUAUCCACGCCCUCGUCGCGUUGAGAAAUGCUGUGCGUGAGACCCCAAUGCGUGAAGCACACGCAAACCCCGAGAGGCAGCGAGAAUCGCCACGAAGCCACCUCCCUCAACGAUUGGAAGACGUCCUAUCCGGCUCAGGUGCCAUGGAAUUCGGUGAUGUUCAACCAUCUGGCGAUGUUCCUACCAACUUUGACUUUGGUUUGUCGGGGAGUUUAUUCAGCAAUGAUAUCGAUGUCUCGCCUAUUUCCUACCUAGACUCUAUAAUGAAUGUACCACUAUUCGAUUUUCCCGACGGCCAGGCCGGCCCUGCAUGA